AUGGUGAAUGUUGCAGGAGGCAUAGUGAUCGCCAUUGUGGUGAUAGCGGUGGUGGCGGCGCUGGGAUGGGUCGCUUUUACCCAAUUGCGCGCCAGGCGCCUCGGACUUCCACCUCCGUCGUUCUCCUCCUACAUACCAUUCAAGAAGUCCAACGACUCACCGUUUGACUCGCGGGCCUCGCAGGGCGGCGUCGUGGGAUGGGUCAAUGACCGUGUCCGCGGCUUCAAGCAGCGCAACAACCGCACCGCUCGAGGUGCGUACGAGCCUUCUGGUGGCAACGCCGCGCGGGGAACCAUGGCGGCCUUGACCCCGACGAAGCUUGGGAUUCUCGCGUGCACGACGAGUGACGAUCUCGGUGGCAGCGGAUACGAGAUGAACUUGCCCCGGACACCUGCCGCCCGGUCCCCGGCCCCUCAGGAGGAGAGGAGGGGUAGGCAGCCUGCCGAGAGGAACCCGUUUGACGAUGACGCCGAGCCGAGCAAUAUCAGCGUUCGCAAGAUCAGCCCGAGGCCGCUCGAUACGGGGGCGGGCCGAGCUGGCGGCAGGAAGGAGGAUGACAGCCCAACUGAUAGGAGAUCGAUGUUCAGAGAGGAGGUCUAA